ACCGAAAUAAAAAACAGAAAUGUCUUACACUACGCCACUGAACGCUAGCAAUGCCAAUACUUGGGCUGAGCAAAGUAUCAACAAGCCGCACUACACUCCGGGUAAGACGCUGAAAAAGGCCUUCAAGUUAUUGCGUCGUGUCUUCAAACCAUCAACAUCUUUGGGCAAGAAAAGCAUAACAUCACAGAAAGUGGCUGAACAGCGCAACAGCAAGCAGGCGGAGGAGUCUACGCUCAACUACAGCAUAUUGACCACAUCCUCAACAUUUAGCGUAGAAGAAUAUGAGAAUGAUCUGAAUGAAUUGGCUGAGUUGCAGGCUGCAGCUAAUAGGGCGAACGCUGCUGAGUAAUCAUUGGACGACUGCUGAUUGAUAUUCGUGAAUGGCUGUCUGCACAUCCUACUGGCAAGCCGCUAGUGCCUUCAAGGACCUGGUACGUCCAUAAAUUGCACCGCUACACUCCCACAAGAAACGCUUUUCCUAGCUUUAAUAGUUUAUGGUAUAGCUUAGCGUAUGCACG